AUGCCUACAGUCGUUCGAAUCCUUCUCACUGGUGCCUCAGGUUAUCUCGGUCAGCACCUAUUGAAUCAUUUCGUGCAAUCGCCACCCAUAACAGACUCAGAUGUGAUGUAUCAGAUUACGGCAUUGUAUCACAAGGCAGAACACUUUUCCAAAGCCACUGAGGCUAUCACAGCAAAACAUAUCAUGAUCGUCCCGAAACAGUGUAACUUAGUGGACUACAACGAAGGCGAUGCCUUUGAUGUCUGCAUUCAUACGGCUGCCAUUGCCAACAUCCGAGUCUGUCAAAACGAUCCAGCUUUUGCCGAAGCCAUCAAUGUCCCUACCAAGUUCUUUGAAGCGACCAAGAAUAUCCCAAUGAUUGCCCUUUCCACUGAUCAAGUUUACAAUGGCAAACAAACGGUGGAUCCAAACGAUGCAUCUACCUUUUAUCAAGAAGCCACGGCCAAACCAGAUCCAUUGAAUGUAUAUGCCCAAACCAAGCUCAAGAUGGAGGAAACUCUCAAGGCCAUGCGACCUACAGCCAAUACCUAUGUUUUGAGAUCGAGUAUCAUUUUGGGUCCCAAGGCUCCGAUAGCACCAGAAGAUGCCCAUGAUACCUUUUUGCAUUUUUGUGCCACUCGAAACAACCAGGAAACGGAUCUCUGGGUCAACGAAUACCGAACCGUGGUCAGUGUCCGACAUGCCUGCCAUAUCAUUCACUGGAUGGUCCAACAGAACAUGCCAGACCGGACGUGUGCAAAAGGAGAAUUCCACAUUUUCAACUUGGGGGGGAACCUACGAGUGAAUCGUUUGGAUAUGGCCAAGGCGGUCUUUGAACACUUUGGUUUUGAAUCCAAUGGCAUUUUGAAAGCGGCCGAUCAAACCUCCCCGACAGUCCCAUUGGAUAUCAGUAUGGAUUGCAGUAGCCUAGCCAAGUUUACAGGAAUUGUCCAUGAGCCAGCUACACUGCAAGGACUGAUGGAAUUGGUCUUUCCAAAAUAA